GUCGCUUCCAGUCACAGUGCAGCUGCUGGGGGCGAGCGAGGUGCACCCAUGUUGCAGGCUCUCUUUUCCUUUUUUCCUGCACAGCUGUGCGACUUAACCGAGACAGACUUCAUCUCUUCUCCGAGUCUUCCUCAAACUGAUUCUUGGUGAGAUUUACACACUAAAAACAGAACUGUGAAGCUCAGGUCCUGCCCUCAUCCUCUUCCUUGUGCGAUGUCAAAGAGUGACACAUGGCCAGGCGGAGUUGCCAUGGAAACCCUGAGCCAUAUGGAAAGCGCUGGGAGCAGUGACAGUGUAAUCAGCAUGAACUCUGGCUAUAGUCAGGACAGUAUGGAGCAUUUAUCUGCUGAAGAGAGAGCGUGCAUAAUGUAUCUGGAGGCGACCAUUGAGGCGCUGGAGGUGGAGGAGGACAGCGGCUUUUCCAAUGAUGAACUAGAUUCUGGGUUACUGGUAGAAAGAAGUGGCGGAACAAAAGGAAAUUACAUUUCCAGCUUUAAUUCUGAGUCUGGAAGACCUAAGCAUCACAUUCUGAAUCACACCUCUGAACCAGAGUGCUCAGCAGCCAACACAAAAGAUCUCACAUCAACCUCGCUGACUAAACCCAACCCCCCAGCCACUGAAACCCCAUCAGCUACUCAGUCUAGGAUGCUGUGUGUAUCCAUUGGUGGAGAUGGGAAUCCUAAGAUUGUCACAAAUGCCAGGAUAUCCCCAGGUCAGACUGCUGAGGCCUCCAAAACAGCUCUGGAUAUGAUCCCUCCUCCAUCAGACUUCAUGGAUAAGCCAGGCUCUCCUGCACAGCUAGUGAAAAUUAAAAGCUUUCAUUCACCUGCACGGAUACCCAGUACCAAGGCAGGAGCACCAGUUGACUUGGAGCAGCUACGUCAGAGAGCCUAUGGAAAGAAAGCAGCAAGUUUCUCUGUGACACAGGAAAACCCAAACAGACCUCCACCUGAAGUUUCUCCCAGUCUGUCUCAACCACUUGUCACCACUGCUCUCCAGAUGAGCUCUCUUCCUGAGCCCGUGGCAACCAGAAGUCCACCUGUAGUGGCCCCUAAGCCCAUGAAGCUUCCUGCCAACAUUCUUAUGAGGUCACAGAAGGCAUCAGUGCAAGUCUCCGAUGGAAACUCAGGACAUUCAGUCCCUACUAGCAGUGAACGAGCGUUGUCGGACCUUCAGAGGGCCCACACUGAGGCCCUCCGAAAGCUGGGCCUGCUUAAAAGUGAUGAGCCUGAUUCAGAUCCUGGCCUGAACCCUAAACUCUCUCCCCAAACUAGGUCAUGGGCAGCUCCUCCUUCUCCAGUCAGCCCAGCAGCUUCACAUACACCUCCGGUGACACCAUCUGACACCCAUAUCAACACACCACCUCCUGCCUCUGUCCCUCUACAGUCUCCUGCUGUGGUGUUUCCAUCAGCUGAUUCUGCAGUGCUUUCAGACCAGCUUCCUGAUAUUCUCCCAGUGCCUGCUGCUUUCAGUGACCUUUCUACUGUCAAAGAUGUUUAUGAGGUCAAAGGUAAUGCACAGGUGUAUACGCCUCCUGUUACCCCUCCUACCUUGACCAGAAAGUUAACCCCACCCAAGAUCAUACGUGUCAGAUCAGCCACCUUGGAGCACUCUGAUCUGGGUCUAAGGAGCUAUAUGGAUGGUGAAGACUCCAUUGAGGCCGCUCAGGGUUUUGGCGGAGAGCAAAGCCCCGGUCAACUGCGGAACAGUCGGCCACGCCCCUUCUCACUGGGGAGUAGGAAGGAGUUUUCAAGCGGUCAAGGAGAGGGGCUGCAGGUAGGCCAUGCCGCCAGCAAAGAGCCAAACUCCCGGAGGUCCCUGCCUGUUCCCACUACCUCUCAGGACUCAAACUCACAGAAGCUGCCUCGAUCGCAGGGCAUCAGUGUGCUGAUCCGCCCUCGCGCAGAAAAUGGAGAGGACCGUCGCAAGGCUCUGAAGACGCUGGGCCUGCUCAGGGACUAAUGCAUCACCUCCGCACCUUGCACCUCAUCUGACUACUAUGGACCCCCUUCAGAUAGUCUGUUUCAUAUAUGAUUGAUGAAGAUAUUGCAGAGCUUUUGGGAAACAUCUUAGCAACACAUUUAUGCAUUUGUCAUUUUUAAAGCAUUAAACUAUUACUGCCUCACAUGACUUCAGUACAAUGAUUGUCAUGCCCACACUUUCAUUUACUUGUUACUUAUAUUGUGCAGCUGUAUGUACAGCAUUUUAUUUCUCUUUCAACUGGCAAUCAAGAAUUUUUGGAUAUUCCCUCGCUCUAACUGUUGUUUUUGUAAAUUUAAUAAUUCUAAGAGGCAGUGAUGAGUUAUUCUGUCAUUUUAUUAUCGUCUUGUGAUCUACAACACUGUCAGCUCUCAUAUCAUUCCAACAAUGACUCCAUUGUGCAGCUACUCUUGCUUUUUGUUCUUGUUUUAGAUGCUUGGAAGGUCUGUUUUGUUAAUACUAUGACUUCCUAAAAUUCACAAUUAUGUUAUCUGGCUUUGUUGACCACAGGUUUUUAUAGGAAGCACUACCUAAUAUUCAAAUUUAAUAUGCAGAUCUACUUGUUGAACGUAUUUUCACAGUGUAGUAUCAUCAAACUGCAUGUUGUUGAUUCAAUAAAUAAAAAUGUAGAACCCAUGUUGUGCAGAGCAAGAACACAACUUUGUGUAACCUCGAGCACAUAGCGCUCGCCACUAAGUCAGAAGAAUUUGAAACAUGUGGUUUGGAUUGUUGCAUAGUGACGCACAUUUUAAAACACCCAAACAUGUUACAUAGCCACUACGCGGGGUCACACGUUCAACCAGGAGCUGGUUGAACAACUUUUAUUACAAAGAUUGUUAUAAUGGUUUGUUUUUAAUCUUUCAUAGUUGUUCUGUUGACCACAGGUGAUUUCUAGACAUGCAUCUGAAAAAUGUCAUUUGUUUUCCCCUACUGACGUGUGAAAUGUAGGCCCUUGUGUGUCAAGCCAAAUCACAAACUGAGGUGCCAGUCUUCUGGUUUAUCUUCAGCACCUGUAUCUGAUGUGAUGGUGCGAGAACUAGUCUAACCUGUUGUGUCACCUCCUGAUUUGCCUUUAUGCAAUGCCUUUGCUGCUCAUGAUGACAUACUUAUGAGGUGAAAAACUGUGGAAAAAAACCAUUUUAUAACUGCUGCAGGUUUUUAGAAACAAGAUUUGCUCUUUCCUGUUAUCUAUUGCUAAGGUCACCUGGUGAUGUCGAAGUUAAGCUAAAAAAUAUUUCUCUGUUUUAUUUUUAGACUAGAUCGUUUUCUUUACCAGCAUUUUGCUAGCAGAGUGUGUCUGAACUGAAAACCAUUACUCAACAUUUAUUGGUCAGGUAGAUCCAUACAUGUAGUAGGUGUGUUAUUUCUGUAUCACUUCAUGUUUAACUGUUGUGAAUCACACGGUGCACACCUUUGUCCUCUGUAUCCUUUUUUUGUUGACUUGAUCACACCCAAGAUUUUUUUUGAGCAUGCACUGUCAUCCAUUCUCUAAUUUCGAUUGUUAUCUGGAAACAAUUAUUUCACAUUUGGGGGAUGUUUUUACAUGUAUUUUUCUUUGGAAAGUAAUCCUACAUGUCAGAGGAAAAGUCUAACAAAUGUGAAUGUUGUUUUGAACAUUUUAGU